UGAAAACUUGUGCUACAAGUCAUGAGAUGUACAUUCUGUACUUUCUCUUAUUUCCAGCAUCAUCUACUGAAAGACAAUGGAAAAAAGGCCAACACUCACCCCGCAGCAGGCAACUGAACUGACACUGCAACUUUAUGGAGUGACCAUAACUGAGAUAUCCACCCUGCCUAGUUAUAUUGACCAGAACUUCCUCAUUGUGGACACAGAGGGUACCAAUUAUGUCCUGAAGAUCAUGAACUCUGACGACAGCAAAAAUGCCACUCAGCUGGAGGUUCAGACUUUUGCCAUGUCCUUUCUACACCAGCAUGGAGUUCCUGCUCAAACCGCCUUGCCCACCACCACCACGGGGAAACUGAUGAGUAUGGAGGAAAUAGACUGCGGACAUGGGGCUCAGACCUACUGUGUGAGGCUGAUGACCUAUCUUCCUGGAAAAACCUUGGCAGAAUCCCCCGGCACUGUAGAAGAUCUUUAUCAUGUGGGCAGGUUUAUUGCUUCCAUGGACAAGACAUUGCAACAACUGGAAUCUCCAAACCUGGAUGUCUUAAACUAUAAUUGUGAUAGGCAAUGGAGUUUAUCCAACAUCCAUCUCAUAGAGCGCUACCUAUCCAUGAUGGAUGGAGAUCCCCUGCAGGAAGUGAUCCAAGCAGUCAUCGAAAAGUUUAAAUCACACGUGCAGCCCAAAAUCAGCUGUUUCCAAAAAGGAAUAAUACACGGAGACACAAACGACACAAACAUCCUUGUCACACCUGUAGGCAAUGGUCAUCAUAAGCUGUCAGGCGUGCUUGACUUUUCUUUCCUGAUGAAAGAUUGCUAUGUAUUUGAACUGGCAAUAACUAUCGCGUACAUGAUGCUGGAGAACCCCAGUCCAUUGGAUGUAGGUGGAGCAAUCCUAAGAGGCUGGGAGAGCAUCAUGAUACUCAAUGAUGAUGAAAGGGAAUGCCUCUACCUGCUGGUGCUCGGUCGGUUGUGCCAGUCUCUGGUUUAUGGCCGGUACAAUUCAACAAAAUACCCAGAUAACAAGAAAUAUCUCCUGUCUACAGCCAACAAAGGGACUCAGAUUCUUACCAAACUGUGGGAGAUGGGGGGGAAAGAAGUAGAAAGGAAAUGGUUUACAGAGGUCAGCACAUUUUCAGUCAAUGAAUAAAGACAUGUUCUCAAUGGAUGAAGAUACAGAUAAAGAUUUGCCAGAGCAAAGAGAUUUGAAAUGACAAAGAAUUAAUUUGAACUUUUCAUCCUUUUUUAAGUGUUUGUUUAAUUAUGGAAUUGUAUCAUAUUUGACAAAAAAAUAUUUCUCAGUUUUGACUGAUUUUGGCGACUAUUUUUGCGAAAGACACGGUGUAACAGCAUUAUACGAACUUAUUUAUCAUUAGGAACGAUUAGCCAUGCUUUAUAGAAGGGCAAAGGGUAUAUCCCUGUCGUUUAUCUGAGGUAGUCUGUUUGCACCCCUAUAUCUGUGUCAUUUUGUCUUCUCAAUUUUUAUCUAGUGUUAAGUAAAGACUUUUGUUUUUACUCUGUGUUCUGAAGUGUGAUCUUUGGUCUUCAGCUUGCUGGUAUCUAGUGUGCUUGUGUAAGGAAGAUUAAAAACUACUUCCUCUUUCUAGUUACUGAAAUAUACCUUACUACACAGGCAUGUUUUUUUCAUUUGCCUAGAUAAGUUUCUCCCAAAAUGUAAAUAAAAUGUUUGCACUUUUGCUUUUCAAGCAGGAAUUGGGUAUAAAUUGUAAUGGUUUUAAU